AUGGAGAUCUGUAAGAUUUUUUGGAGCAUCAUCUUCCUUGCAGCUAGUUUUGGCUUCAUCGAGUCACAGAGAUUUGUCUGCAGGAAAGACUCUGUGGGCGACAUCGUGUUUCUGGUGCACACCAACAUCAGGCCCCAGCAGGGCCGAUACAUGCAGAUCUUCUUGGCCAAUGUGAUAGGGGGCUUCAACAUCAGCAGAGAAGCCAUCCGUGUGGGGCUGGUUCUGUAUGGCGAUGUGCCCCAUUCAGAAUUCUUGCUUUCCACCUACCACAACAAAAAUGAAAUAUUGAAGCAUAUUCAGACUCUUCAGUUUAAACCUGGGGGCAACAAGGUGGCCUUGGCCCUGCAGUUUGUUCUGCGUCAUCACUUCCAGGAGAAAGAGGGGAGCCGGGCCAGCCAGGGUGUGCCUCAGAUUGCCGUGGUGAUCAGCAGUGGCGCAUCGGAUGACUCCGUGCAGGAACCCGUUGAGGUACUUAGAAGGGCAGGCAUCCUGCUGUACGCUGUUGGCAUCAAAGAUGCAACUCUGACGGAGCUCAGGCAGAUGGCGAGUAGUCCAGCAGAGAAGUUCAUCUCCAUUGUUCCUAACUUUCCUGCUCUUCCCCGUCUGGCCCCAAAGCUGCAACAGGAGCUCUGUGCAGUGAUGGUAAAGGCAGAUCAACCUGUUGACCACAUCUUCCCAGCCUGUAGAGAAGCAGUCUUGGCAGACAUCGUGUUCCUAGUAGACAGCUCAACUAGCAUUGGUCCCCAGAACUUCCAGAAAGUGAAAAACUUCCUUCACUCUGUCGUUCUGGGGCUGGACAUCAGCAGUGACCACGUCCGAGUGGGACUUGUCCAGUACAAUCACAAUGUCUACCCAGCUUUUCAUCUGAACCAGUACUCGCAAAAGAACAUGGUUCUGGAACAGAUCCAGAAUCUUUCCUAUCGUACAGGAAGCACAAACACGGGGAAUGCCCUGGAGUUUAUCAGGACGCACUAUUUGACUGAGGCAGCUGGCAGCCGGGCCAAGGACAGGAUCCCCCAAAUUGUCAUCCUGGUGACAGAUGGAGAGUCAAAUGAUGAAGUCCAGGAGGCAGCAGACAGGUUGAAAGAAGAUGGGGUUUUUGUGUACGUGGUAGGGGUCAAUGUUCAGGAUGUCCAAGAACUGCAAAAAAUAGCCAGUGAGCCAUUUGAGAAAUUUCUCUUCAACACCAAGAACUUCAACAUCUUACAGAAGUUCUCAGAAGAGAUUCUUCAGAAUCUGUGCUCGGCAGUGAAGAUAAACGAAUUCACCAAGGCCUAUGCAGACGUAGUUUUUCUUGCUGACACCUCACAGGGCACAUCACAGACCAGUUUCCAGAGGAUGCAGACUUUCAUGUCCAGAGUAAUCGGCCUGCUGGAUGUUGGCAGGGACAAGUACCAUAUUGGGCUGGCCCAGUAUGGCGGCCAAGGUCACACUGAAUUUUUGCUCAAUACCUACCACACCAAGGAUGAGAUGAUCACUCACAUCCAAGAACACUUUGUGCUUCAGGGUGGCCCCCGAAGGACAGGCAAAGCUCUUCGAUACCUUCACCAGACCUUCUUCCAGGAGGCAGCAGGAAGCCGCCUUCUCCAGGGCACUCCCCAGUAUGCAGUGGUCCUUACCUCAGGCAAAUCUGUGGAUGAGGUUCAAGAUGCUGCACAGAUCCUGAGGGAGAGAGGUGUGAAAGUCAUGUCUGUGGGUGUACAGGACUUUGAUAGGAGAGAACUGGAGGAGAUGGGGUCGCCAUCCCUGGUCUAUGAGAUUCACGGACAAGACGGAUUCAGACAGAUGAUGCAGGAAGUGAAUGAGAUGAUCCAAGGCACUGGGAAGCCAGAGACCAGGACUACGGCCUUGAAGGGGACUAUUGGAGCAUGUCGGACCACUACUCCAACUGAUUUAGUGUUCCUCAUUGAAGAGUUUAGCAGGGAUAAGCAAUCAAAUUUCCAGCAAGUGGUCAGUUUCUUAAAGACCAUGGUCAGCUCUCUGCACAUCCAUCCUGAUGAGGUGAAAAUGGGCUUGGUCUUUUACAACGAGGAGCCACGUCUUGAGUUUUUACUGGAUACUUUUCGGAAUGCAAACAGAAUCUUGGAACAUUUAGACAAGUUAACGUACAGGGGAAGAAGAAGAAAGAGCAAGAUCUCUGCUGCUUUGGAUUUCUUAAGGGAAAAGGUUUUCAUUCAGCCGAGCAGCAGGCAAGGGGUACAGCAGAUAGCUGUGGUCAUCACAGACCGCAACUCCCAAGACAACGUGUCCAGAUCUGCUUCUCUUCUCCGCAAAUUGGGGGUCACCAUCUAUGUGGUGGGCACCCAGCUUGACUCAGACAGCAAGGACCUAGAGAAAAUAGCAUCAUAUCCUCCUUGGAAGCAUGUCAUCCUCCUGGAAUCUUUUUUGCAGCUUUCUAUUGUGGAAAGCAAGAUUAAAAAUCAUCUCUGCCCUGAGAUGGUGGGCAGAUGGGCUUCUGUUUCUGGGAUGGACCGUAUCCUACAAGAAGGUAGGGGGAAAUCUUUCAAAUUUGGUUGUUUGCGUGUUGAGAAGGCAGAUAUUUACUUUCUGAUUGAUGGAUCGGGCAGCAUCAACCCAGAUGAUUUCCUUGACAUGAAGUCAUUCAUGCAUGAGAUGAUAAAGAUGUUCCAUGUUGGGCCCGACAGAGUACAGUUUGGAGUCGUCCAGUACUCAGACAGCGUUAGCACUGAAUUUUUUCUUAAUCAAUAUUCCAGUGUGGCAAGGCUGAAGGGAGCUAUUGAUGGCAUCCGGCAGAAGGGAGGAGGCACCAUGACAGGGAAGGCCUUGCAUCACAUGGCUCAGGUCUUCACAUACACUGCUCGCCAAAAUGUGCCUUGGUAUCUCAUUGCCAUCACUGAUGGUAAAUCUUCUGACCUGGUGGCUAAGGCAGCAGAGACCUUGAGGAGACAUGGAGUCACCAUUUAUGCAAUUGGUGUCAGAGAUGCUAACAUGACUGAACUUAAGGAAAUAGCUGGCAACAAGGUCUUUUUUGUCUAUGAGUUUGAUUCCUUGAAGUUCAUCCAAAAAGAGGUGGCACAGGACAUCUGCUCCUCAGAAACCUGUAAGAACAGGAAAGCUGACAUCAUCUUCCUGAUAGAUGGUUCAGAAUCCAUUUCCUCCAGAGACUUUGAAAAGAUGAAGGAAUUUAUGAGGAGGAUGGUGAACUUGUCUAAUAUUGGUCCUGAUGAAAUUCAGAUUGGCCUCUUGCAGUUCAGCUCAAGUCCCAAGGAGGAAUUCAGGCUCAACCAGUACUUCUCAAACGUGAGCAUUCACCAAGCUAUCUCAGGUGUCCAACAGCUGAAUGAUGGCACCUGCACCGGAAAAGCCCUGAAUUUCACCCUGCCUUUUUUUGACAGUUCAAGAGGAGGAAGACCUAGCAUUCAUCAGUAUUUGAUUGUGAUCACAGAUGGGGUCUCCAAGGAUAAUGUGGCUAUCCCAGCGAAGGCCCUGAGGGACAGAAACAUAAUUAUUUUUGCCAUCGGAGUGGGAGAAGCCAAACACUCUCAGCUUUUGGAGAUUACUAAUGAUGCGAGCAAAGUGUACUAUGAAGAAAAAUUUGAGUCCUUGCAGAACCUGGAGAAAGAAAUUUUUUAUAUGGUCUGCACUCCAGAAGGGUGUGAUGCAGAUUUGUCUGUAGGAAUUGAUCUCUCUACAUCCUCAAGGCAAGUUCAACAGAAGCUUCAAGGGUUACUGCCACAAGUCAUGCAACAUUUGACCUUGCUUUAUAACAUCAGCUGUGUCGCUUCUGGUGAGAUCAAUACCAAGUUCCGCUACUUGGUUCCUGACUCAAAUGGCCGGCUUAUCUUUGACUCAGGCUUUGAGAAGUACAGUGAAGAGAUCAUUCACAAGUUCUUGGCUAAUCAGUUUGCCAAGAGAAACCACAUGGACACAGAUUUUUUGAAGACCCUGGGAGAAAAUGCUCUCCAUUUCUCCACUGCUAACGUGAAGGUACUUUUAGUGUUUACAGAUGGAUUGGAUGAUAAUUUAGAGAGAUUGAAGGAAACAUCCACGCUUCUCCGGAGCAAAGGACUCUCUGCUCUCUUCCUGGUUGGCCUGGAAGGUGUGACUAAAUUAGAAGAGCUCCAGCAGCUGGAAUUUGGCAGAGGGUUUACCUAUACCCAGCCUCUGAGCAUCUCCCUGCCAUCCUUCCCGAGAGUCUUACUGAAGCAACUUGACACAGCUGUAGAAAGGAUAUGCUGCAACACGUUUGCAAAGUGUUUCGGAGAAGAGGGGGACAGAGGGCCUGACGGGAGACCUGGGAGGAAGGGAGAGAAAGGUUUUAAUGGAUUACCUGGGUAUUCUGGUGAAGAAGGGGGACAUGGGGAAAGGGGUCCCCAAGGUCCUCCUGGAUUCCGAGGUGAGGACGGUUGCCCAGGUAUGAGAGGACUGAAGGGAGUAAGGGGAUUUUCAGGAGAGAAGGGCAUCCCCGGUGAGGCAGGUCUUGACGGCUCGCAAGGAGAGCAGGGUAAUCGUGGUGUCCCAGGGUCAUCUGGAGAAAAAGGAAACAGGGGAAAUCGGGGCUUGAGAGGAUGGCCGGGACCACCUGGAGAUCAUGGGGAGCCUGGACUGAGGGGCGAUCCUGGGAAUCCUGGAAUUGAUAGUUACAUCCGAGGUCCUAAAGGAGAAAAAGGAAGGCGUGGACACCAGGGACGUUCCGGUUUUGAUGGACUUCAGAGGGAAGCUGGAAAUGUUGGCCCUCGGGGGUCAAGAGGAAGGCGAGGUCUGCCGGGGAUGAAGGGUAUACGUGGAGAAUCGGGUGCAUGGGGUCCUCCAGGAGAGCAUGGGUAUCCAGGCUCACAGGGACUAAAAGGAAGGCAAGGACCCCCAGGAACUUCUGGACAAAAGGGCUUGUUGGGGGCUCAGGGGAAUCCUGGGUUUCCAGGGCCACCUGGUUCCAAAGGAAAAGCUGGACCAAAAGGAAUGAAGGGAGAGGUUGGUGAUUCCGGAAGAAUAGGCUUGCAGGGUCCACAGGGACGAAGAGGGCAACCAGGUGCUCUUGGUCCAGAUGGAUAUGGACGUCCAGGAAGAAAGGGAACAAAGGGUGGAAUCGGACUUCCUGGCUAUCCUGGUGCACAAGGAGAAGUUGGGGACCCAGGCCGCCAAGGAGAGAAGGGGGCAAAGGGCCACAGAGGGACAAGGGGCAAUACUGGCUUUCCUGGAUUUUUUGGAACUCCAGGUGACCGAGGCCCACCAGGACCAAUGGGUGUCCAGGGCCCCAAAGGUGUGGCAGAUAGGACGCCUUGUGAAAUUGUUGGUUUCGUGCGAGAAAACUGCCCUUGUUCAACAGGUGUUUCUAAAUGCCCCAUGUUCCCAACCGAAGUGGUCUUUGCUCUGGACAUGUCAAAUGGUGUCUAUCAGUUGGAUUUUGAGAGAAUGAAAAGCAUUUUGUUAUCUCUGUUGAUGAAGAUGGAGAUCAGUGAGAGUAACUGUCCGGUGGGUGCCCGAGUGGCCGUCAUUUCAUACAACACCAAAACAGACUACCUGAUCCGCUUCUCUGACUACCUGGGGAAGCCUGCACUCCUGCAGGCCGUGGAGAUGAUCCCCCUGUCGUGGUCGUCUGGCAGCAGGAAACUCGGUGACACCAUGAAGUUCGUGGCAAGGCAUCUGUUUAAACGCGUGCGUGCGGGCCUUCUUGUGAGGAAAGUGGCCGUGUUCUUCCAGGCAGGCUGGGCCUACGACGCGGCUGCCAUCAACACGGCCUUUCUGGAGCUCAGUGCCCUGGACAUCUUCCCCGUCGUCAUCACCUUCACCCAGAGGCACAACCUCCCAGAUGCUCUGCUGAUGGAUGGAACCAACAGAUUUCAUCUGUUUAUCUGGGAGACAGAAUACCAGCAGGAUGUGGAGCUCGUGGCCCGCUGUGCACUCUGCUAUGACCAGUGCCGACCAGCUGCGGAGUGCAGGCCAGCAAGGCCCACGCCCCUGGAGCUGGACAUGGACUUGGCCUUCUUGGUGGAUGCAUCCCACGGUGUUGGGACAAAUGUGUACCGCUCCGCCCUGAGUCUGGUGUCCACUGUGCUAGAAGACCUGCAUGUGGCUACACAGCCCAAAGAAUCCCCCUACGGGGCACGUGUGGCGCUGGUGACACACACGACCGCAGGCUUCUUGCCCGGCGCUGGGCGCCCUCCUGUGCGCGAAGAGUUUCACCUGACCACCUACAACCACCAGACACAUAUGCAGUGGCACAUCCACAACCUGGAGGUCGCAGGCCAACCCCUGCAGGGAGCCCCCGCGCUAGGCCAUGCCCUGGAGUGGACACUGAAGAGGGUGCUUCUGGCAGCCCCGCUGCCCAGGAAGAUUAAGGUCCUUUUCAUUAUCGUGGGCAGCGAGACCAGCGUCUGGGACCGGGAGAAGCUGUGGACCCUGUCCCUGGAAGCCAAGUGCAAAGGCAUCACUCUCUUCGUGCUGGCUUUGAACCCAGAUUUGGGACCUCAUGGGCUGGCAGAGCUGACCCACAUGGCCAGUGACCCUCCUGAGCAGCACCUGUUGCACCUAGAGGGAACCUCGGAUGCAGAGAUGACCUACGCCCGGAGAUUCAUCCGGGCCUUCAUGAGCCUCCUGAAAAGUGGAACAAACCAGUACCCACCCCCGGAGCUGAUUGAAGAAUGUGAGGGCCCCAGCCGAGGAGACACCAAGCUGAAACCGUUGUUCACCAUCCAGAGGUUUGCCCAGCACCAGCUUGACAUUCCUGGCUCUGCCGCUGAUUUGAGCACGCUGGAAACAACAGACCUCGUUCUAGAGGAAAAGAGAGAAGCCACGCCAGACCUUGAAAUGUAUGAAAUGAACAGAUACGGUCCUUGUUCCAUGGAUCCGAUGCAGGGCGAGUGCCAGCAGUACAUCCUGAAGUGGUACUACGACAGGGGGCUGCAGGCGUGCCAGCAGUUCUGGUAUGGCAGCUGUGGGGGCAAUGCCAACCGGUUUGAAACCAAGGCAGACUGUGAGGCCCAGUGUGUCCCAUCGCCCCUCUAG